CCGCAACCAUCCUCGCAUUCGCACAAAAUGCCCGCCGCAGAUGCCAAGCGCAAAGACAACGACUCCGUCCCCGACUCUGCCCGCGACGGCGCCGACAGAGACAGAGAUCGCGAGAGGGACAAGGGCUCAAAGCAGAAGGCUUCCGCAAAGACCAAGGACCUGUCCCAUGUCCCGUGCAAAUUUUUCAAAGUCGGCUCCUGCACCGCAGGCUCUUCUUGCCCCUUCUCCCACCAGGUCCUCGAACCUGGCCAGCAAAAGGAGGUGUGCGCCUGGUUCGUCAAGGGCAACUGCAAAUUCGGCCACAAGUGCGCCCUCGCCCAUGUCCUCCCCGGCCAGAGCAUGUCCAUGGACCGCAAGAAUAAGAAGGCCGCCCAACUUGCCGCCAACGGCGCAGGCGGUACAUCCACCAAGGACGGCCCAAAAUCAUCCAGGGCCCACAAGGGCCCUCACCACGCCGGUCCCGCAACGGGUCAAUCUCGCAAUGCUCUCCUCUCUGGAUCCACCGCUCCCACUCGUGCUCUCGCUGGGAACGCUCGUUCGCCCAUCCCCAUGCCUCUCAAAGCUACUCUCUCCCCAUCCGCCCCCGCCCCCCCUGUCAAAGAUACCGACUUUGCGUCUUUCGGUCUCCUCCCAGACGAGAGCAACAAGCUCCCGAGCGCCCCCGCUCAAGGCAAGGCCUCCGGAACAUCUAUCAACGAGGGGGCUCCUGCCCCCGAAUCCGAGCAAUCUCCUCAACCGCAGCUGGCGAACGAGGACUCCACUGCCAACACUCAUCGUGCCUCUCCCGCACCUCUCCCCACUCACGCGCCUUCUGCCCCUCGUCGAAUCAGCGAUGCUUCAGCCAUAGUCGACUUUGGUCCUAUAGGUUCCCCACCUCGUGCCUCCUCCUCCUCUAGCAGACCUGCUCGUAUCAACGGCUUUUCGCCUGGUACAUCCCCUCAGCCGCAAGGGCUAUCCACUUCUCCCUUCUCGGCCCCCGGAACUCAGUCUGUCUUUAACCUCCCGAGACACGACGACGGGUCUUCAGACUUCAAAACCCGGUCUGGACUCUCAGCGUCUCUCGGCGCCAUGAACUGGGGUUCAGAAACCGUCAUCACCCGCAGGAUUGGGGUCGAGGAGGUGGUUGUCGAGGACGAGGAUCUUGAGGAGUUCUUGCCCAGCUCCCUCACCGAUCUUCUCACCCCCGAGGAACGUUCGCGGAGAAUGUCGCGCACGCACGCUACCCGUCCCAAUAUCGGCCUGGAGCGCGAACCGAGCGCCCAACGUUCUAGCACUGAAGCCCACCACCGCUACUCGCGCUCAGUCCCCGCACCGUCUCUUCUACAAGACAUCAAGUCUAUCUGGGCCGAUGCGGGCGGCGUGCCUAUCGGUUCUCCAGAUGCUGCGACGCUCGGGACUAGUCAUCUCGGUGGAGGUUUAGGGAACGGUACCCCUAGCUCUUUCACUUCAAACUCCGGUCUCGCGCCCCGUGCCGAAGAAAUGCUUUCGCCAUCGAAUGCGUCGGCUGCGUUCCUCCCAGGUUUGCACCACUACAUCAACGCCAAGACGCCACAGCGACCGACCAUGGUCUCGGGCCUGUCGGCGAUGUAUUCUGCAGGUGCAGGCGCUCAUAACCUAUCUUCCACUGCGUACGGGCUGGAGUUCAACGGCCCACCGAUGUCUCCGCCACACGCCGGCACCUACGGCGUGCCACCGCCAAACGAUACUUACCUGCAACAUGGAGGUCGUCGGCCAGGGGGACGACCCAUCCCAGGUGAUGCUUUCGUCCCGGGUAUCGACGAGCAACGAAGCGCUCUUUCUCCUUCUUCGCGCGCUCUGCAAGCGCACGCUCCGGGGCAAAGCCUUCCCCAAGGGCUCGCGGCUGGCUAUUCUCGCAUUCACGCGUUACCCCCUCCAGUGAUCCCAUCGCCGUCGUCCUCGAGCAUCCUCAGCCGACCCCCCCUCAGUGGCGGUUUCUCUCCGGGCACCAAGGGCCUGGGCCAUGGGCACGGUACGUCCGGCGAUUGGGCGAGUAUGUCCCCUACGGCGAGCAGUCUGCUCGACCAAAUUAACAACGGACCGUCACAACCCGCUCCCGCGGGCUCUGGAGCGCCGGGCACAUCAUUGGGUGGUCUAGAGACGAUGUUCUCUCGUUUGUCAUAUUCAGCCGCUGCAUCUCGUACCGGUGCGCCCACCGGUAUGGGAACGCGCAAUCCGAGCGGGCGAGGAUCCCAUCCUCAAGGAUCUCUCAGCCCGCUGAGUGGCCCGGUCCUCACGGGAGAAGACGAUGACCUGUUCUCUAUGGAAUGAGAUUCAUCGCUAGCAGGAUCCUGCGCGAGCAUAGGCACAUUGUGAAGUACUGUAGAAACAUCAUCUGUUGUAGAUUGGGUCCUUGAUACCGACAUAGUGCGGUUAGUCGUAGUUGCAUGGUCUCCUUUGGCUUAUACCACCGCGUCUCUUCUCCGUUGUGUCCUGCCUAUGGACGUAGAUCUGCGAGUGUACAAAACUGUCUGAGCGCAAGCGGAUCCGUUACUCCGCAGCCCUAGCUGACUCCCGUUGUGUAAUGACGCGUUUGGGCCGCAACUUCAUGACAGAAGCAGAGCCUUGUCGUCGUCGUCGCGGUUGCGGUGGUGAAGUUCAUACCACCCCGCCGCUACAAAUAUUGUUGCUAGGCUCCUAGCCACUUGAUCAACAACUAAUAGUACAAUUCUGCAAGAG